UUCCAUUAAAAAGGUUUAACCAGAAAUUCACAGGCAAAGCUAAAAGCAUCCAUUUCACAUUCCUUAAUUAUUUAAUCAAUGCGUCCACAUUAGAUCUCAUCAUCUCUUUCACUCGCUAUCCCAAGAGAGAGAGGGAGAGGGAAACUGAGAAACCCAAACUAAAAUACACAGAUUGAUUGAGAGAAAGAAAGAAGCAAAGGAAAGGAAAAAGAAAAUGACAAGGAGAUCAGGGAGUUGCUUGAGAUGUUGUUUGGUAAUAUUUGCAGUUGUAUCAGCUUUAGGUGUAUGUGGACCUGCUCUUUAUUGGAGAUUCAAGAAAACCAUUGCAUUUUCUUCUUCAAAAACUUCUUGUCCUCCUUGCAUCUGCGAUUGUCCUCCUCCUUUAUCCCUUCUUAAGAUUGCUCCUGGGUUGGCCAAUCUCUCAGUCACAGAUUGUGGAAAUAAUGACCCUGAUCUCAAAAGGGAGAUGGAGAAGCAGUUUGUUGACCUUCUAACCGAGGAAUUGAAAUUACAAGAGGCUGUCGCAGAAGAGCACAUUCACCACAUGAACAUCACAUUUGCUGAAGCAAAAAGGGUGGCUUCUCAAUACCAAAGAGAAGCAGAAAAAUGUAAUGCUGCAACUGAAACGUGCGAAGAAGCUAGAGAGCGGGCUGAGGCGUUGCUGAUCAAGGAGAGGAAAGUUACAUUUCUGUGGGAGCGACGGGCCCGCCAAUUGGGUUGGGAAGGAGAAUAAUUAUUUGUAUAACUAGUGCAAAGUUUUUCCUUUGAGCUGAACUAGUGAACUAUGCUUAGUAUUUAUAUAGGAGGCAAGCAAAUUGCUUGUGUUGUUUUGCAAAAGCAAUAUACUCUCUCUCUGGCUCUCUCUGAGAUUGUUUAGUUAUCUUGUGAAGGCAAGCAAAUCAUAUAUGUAGUCAUCCUUUUACUUGUAAUCAACAUGUUCUAUAUCUGUCAACACAGUUAGCUUUAAAUACAUGUCUCUUAGUUUACUGCUUCA